CAAAUCUUGAAGGUGGGACUCUUGUGCGUCACCAGAGGGAGAAAGAAUUUGUUUCGGUGUUUGUGUUUAGAAACGAUUUUUGAUUUUGACAGAGUGAGGUAGAGAGAGAAAGGAGUUUGAGAGAGAGAGAGAGAUGGAUUUGAUAGCGGGAGAGAGCUCGAAGGUGUUGAGGAAACAAGGAUUUAGAUCGCUGAAACUGAUGAGUGUGGAUAUGGAACAGGAACUCGGGAACGAGCCUGAGCCUUUCGGUGCCGACUAUGGAAGACUCGACAAUGGUCUCGUCUACUACGUUCGACGAAACUCCAAACCCAGAAUGAGAGCCGCUCUAGCUCUCGCCGUUAAAGUCGGUUCAGUUUUGGAAGAGGAGGAUCAGCGUGGAGUCGCUCAUAUUGUAGAGCAUCUUGCAUUUAGUGCUACAACGAGAUAUACAAACCAUGAUAUUGUCAAGUUCUUAGAGAGCAUCGGAGCAGAGUUUGGGCCCUGUCAAAACGCAAUGACUACAGCGGAUGAGACCAUAUAUGAGCUGUUUGUACCCGUUGAUAAGCCUGAGUUGCUAUCUCAGGCUAUUUCCAUUUUAGCAGAGUUCAGCUCCGAGAUUCGAGUCUCAAAGGAAGAUUUGGAGAAAGAAAGAGGGGCUGUUAUGGAAGAGUACCGAGGGAACCGAAAUGCUACUGGGAGGAUGCAAGAUUCGCAUUGGCAGCUGAUGAUGGAAGGUUCAAAGUAUGCUGAACGGUUACCUAUUGGUUUGGAGAAAGUGAUUCGGUCUGUUCCUGCUGCAACUGUGAAGCAAUUUUACCAGAAGUGGUAUCAUUUGUGCAAUAUGGCAGUUGUGGCUGUUGGAGAUUUUCCAGAUACAAAGACUGUAGUUGAUUUGAUAAAGACGCACUUCGAGGAUAAAAGAUCGAGUAGCAAUCCUCCAGAGAUACCAGUCUUUCCUGUUCCUUCACAUGAAGAGACACGAUUUUCUUGCUUUGUUGAGUCGGAGGCAGCUGGGUCUGCAGUAAUGAUUAGCUAUAAGAUGCCCGUAUGUGAUCUGAAGACGGUGAAAGAUUAUAGGGAUAUGCUUGCAGAAUCUAUGUUUCUACAUGCAAUUAACCAGAGACUCUUCAAAUUAUCCCGUAGAAAGGACCCUCCGUUUUUUGCGUGCUCCGUUGCUGCCGAUGUCCUCGUGAGCCCAUUGAAGGCUUAUAUAAUGAGUUCGUCUUGUAAAGAGAAAGGAACUAUGUCAUCCCUAGAGUCUAUGCUUCUCGAGGUUGCUAGGGUACGCCUUCAUGGGUUCUCAGAGCGUGAAAUAUCUGUUGUUCGAGCUCUCAUGAUGUCGGAGAUUGAAUCUGCUUUUCUGGAACGUGAUCAAGUCCAAUCAACUAGCUUGCGGGAUGAAUAUAUACAGCAUUUCCUUCACAAGGAACCUGUUAUUGGGAUUGAAUACGAGGCGCAACUUCAGAAAACUCUUCUACCCCAAAUAUCAGCUUCGGAUGUAUCCAAAUACUCUGAGAAGUUAAGAACAUCAUGCGGUUGUGUGAUCAAGACAAUGGAGCCUAGAUCUGCUGCAACAAUUGAUGAUAUGAAAAAUGUUGUCUCAAAGGUUAAUAGUCUUGAGGAAGAAAGGAAGAUUGCUCCGUGGGAUGAGGAAAAGAUUCCAGAAGAAGUUGUCAGUGUAAAACCAACUCCAGGGGAUGUUAUUCACCAGCUUGAAUAUCCAGAAGUUGGGGUUACAGAAUUGACAUUAUCAAACGGAAUGCAAGUUUGCUACAAAUCCACAGACUUCUUGGACGAUCAGGUUCUUUUUACAGGGUUCUCAUAUGGAGGACUUUCUGAACUCCCUGAGAGUGAUUACAUUUCAUGUUCGAUGGGAUCAACGAUUGCUGGUGAAAUCGGUAUGUUUGGUUAUAAGCCAUCAAUGCUUAUGGAUAUGCUUGCUGGUAAGAGAGUUGAAGUUAGCGCAAGACUCGGGCCAUACAUGAGAACAUUUUCUUGUGAUUGUUCACCGACAGACCUUGAAACUGCUUUGCAGCUAGUCUAUCAACUUUUUACUACAAACGUGAUGCCACAAGAAGAAGAGGUGGGAAUAGUGAUGCAAAUGGCAGAAGAAGCCGUCCGUGCUCGAGAAAGAGACCCUUACACUGUCUUCGCCAACAGAGUGAAGGAGCUCAAUUAUGGAAACUCUUAUUUCUUUAGGCCUAUUCGGAUAAGUGAACUCAGAAAAGUUGACCCGCUGAAGGCUUGCGAAUACUUCAACAGUUGCUUUAGGGAUCCAUCAACUUUCACAGUUGUGAUUGUAGGGAACCUCGAUCCUUCUAUCGCGCUUCCUCUAAUUCUUCAGUAUUUGGGUGGAAUACCUAAGCCUCCUCAACCGAUUCUCAAUUUCAACCGUGAUGAUCUCAAGGGCUUACCAUUCACUUUCCCUACGAAGAUAACAAGAGAAUUCGUACGAAGUCCAAUGGUCGAGGCUCAAUGUUCAGUCCAGUUAUGCUUUCCUGUGCAGUUAACAAAUGGAACAAUGAUCGAAGAAAUCCACUGUAUCGGCUUUUUAGGCAAACUCCUAGAGACCAAGAUAAUCCAGUUUCUCAGAUUUACGCAUGGACAGAUAUAUUCCGCUGAGGUCUCAGUGUUUCUUGGCGGGAAUAAACCUUCUAGAACUGCGGAUUUGCGUGGUGACAUCAGUGUAAAUUUUUCCUGUGAUCCAGAAAUCUCCUCUAAACUGGUUGAUCUAGCUUUGGAAGAAAUUGUACGGCUUCAAGAGGAAGGCCCUUCCCAGGAAGACAUUUCAGCCAUCCUUGAAAUUGAACAAAGAGCUCACGAAAAUGGCCUGCAGGAAAACUAUUACUGGUUAGACAGGAUUCUACGUGGAUACCAGUCAAGGGUCUACGCUGGCGAUUUGGGCGCUUCUUGCCAGAUUCUCGAAGAAGGGCGUUUGCGAAUGAGAGAGUCACUUGCACCACAAACAGCACAAGCGGCAUUACAGCGAAUCCUUCCUCACCCUUGCAAGAAACAGUACACUGCCGUGAUUCUCAUGCCUCAGAGAUCACGCUUUGGAUUCCUUUCCUCUAUCUUUGUUUCUCGGCCCGGCUACAUCCGUGACACCAAGAUUUUGGCGGGCAUUGCGGGUCUAGCUGUUCUUGCUUUUAGCAUCUGGAGAUACUCUCGCAAGUAGAAGUAUGAUCUCUCUUUCUUUUUGUUUUUUUUUUUUCACAUCAAGAGUUCAGAGAUUUCAAAUGCAUUAGUAAACCUCAGCGUUUAUUAUGUAAGUUGUUAUAUAUUUUUACAUGAUAUUUUAGAAACACAAACUUAUUUGUUGCUACAUUUUAUUAUGUGCCAUGACAUUUGGUCUCAUACAUUGAGGCAGGAAUAAGCUAAAGCCUUCUCUUCAGCUAGCUCUCUCGCAGAGUCAUCCAUUUUCUCCCUUGAAAACCCGUCUAUACUGAGUCCUUGUACAAUCUUCCAACUUCCUUUCUCACAGAUAACCGGAAACGAGUAAACCAAACCGGGUGGUAUACCGUAAGAGCCAUCAGAGCAAACACCCAUAGAAACCCAGUUUCCUUUAGGUGUUCCAAUAAACCAAUCAUGGAUAUGGUCACAAGCCGCACUAGCAGCGGAUAAAGCACUCGACAGUCUCCUUGCUCUUAUAAUCGCUGCACCACGUUCCUGAACUUCCUCAAUAAACUCGUUCUUCAGCCAUUCCUGAUCAGCGACGAGUUCUUUCACCGGUUUAUCUCCGGUUUUGGUAGAGACCGUUGCGUGAUUGGUGUCUGGAUACUGAGUCGAAGAAUGGUUUCCCCAUACGAUCACGUUCUUCACGCUGCUCACGGGAACGCUUAGCUUCUCCGCGAGCCGAGCUUGAGCUCGGUUAUGAUCGAGACGUGUCAAGCAAGUGAUGUUUUCUUCCGGGAUCGACGGUGCAAACUCUUUUAAGAUCAGAGCAUUAGUGUUCGCAGGGUUUGCGACCACAAGAACCUUGCAGUCAUCUGAUGCGUAUCUCUCUAAAGCCGAAGCUUGAGCUUUGUAUAUCACUGCGUUUUUCGACAUCACGUCUUUUCUUUCCAUGCCUUCUUUUCUUGCGAAUCCGCCGAUCAGUAUCGCGAUGUUCACAUCUUUACAAGCUUCGUCAGCAUUUGUUGUGGCGAUAACGCCUUGGAGAAGAGGGAAGGCUGAAUCUUGAAGCUCCAUUUUCACGGCUUCUAGUGACUUUGAUGCUGGUUCUAUGUCAAGUAAAUGCAGAAUCAUGGGUUGAUCUGGACCUAGCAUAAUACCUUUUGCAAUCAUUGGAAGAAUUGCAUAACCUAUGUUUCCUGAUGCACCAGUAACAAGAACCCUUAUAGGUUCUUUCUCAAUGUUUAACAAAUUGCACAUGUAUAUUAUCAUUUUCCAUGAUAAAGCAACACAAAACAAUAGAACCAAAGUUUUUUGAAUCACAAAAGUAUAAUCAACCACUUCCUCUCCUACGAACUCCAUCUUCUACGAGUAAAAUAUAAUCAAGCAACGAAUGGUUGUUCAUGUGUUUCCAAAGUUUUAUUUAUAAAGC